AUGUCUGCCAGCGUCGCUACUGGCCUUGCCAUCACCAAUCCGUUAGUCAAGUAUCGAGCACUUCUUGCUACUCGAGCCAUUGCACCCGAUCCCGCCCAACAUCGACUCGCCAUUCACUUGGCAAAACUGUACGACCGGCUGAAGGAUUAUGAGCCAGAGCUUGAAUAUAGCCACCAACUCGACCAAAUUGCGCGAGCAGUCCACGCGCAACAGCAUGUCAAGAAUGCACAUCCCUAUCCUCCUCCCAGGCGCAGCCUCUGGCGGGAGCUCUUUGCUGCAAAAGAGAGGCGUGAUUCGCUGGCCUUGACGAGAAAACUGACCAGUUACGAGUCUGCUCUGCAAAUGGACUCGCCCAAAGGCCUGAUGCUGCAUGGCGAGGUCGGGACAGGGAAAUCCAUGCUCAUCGAUCUCUUCGCAGACUGCCUUCCCAAUCGCAAGAAGCGACGAAGUCACUUCAAUACCUUCAUGUUGGAGACCUUUGCGAAACUCGAGACCCUCCGGUCGGAUCGCAUGAGGAGCGGAAGGUCGAAUGUUCCCUCUUCGCUCAGCUUGGCAGACGAUGAUUACUCUCUGGUAUGGUUGGCCAAAGAGAUGAUUCAGACUUCUCCCAUCCUGUUUCUCGAUGAGUUCCAAAUGCCAGAUCGAGUUGCGAGCAAGAUCCUCACAAAUCUGAUGACGAGCUUCUUCCAACUCGGCGGGGUCUUGGUCGCGACUAGCAAUCGCAUGCCCGAGGAAUUGGCAAAGGCUGCGGGCAUCAGUUACUCACCACCUGCUGAUCAGCGGGGUUUUGGCUGGCAGCUGGGAUUGGGGCGGCGGAGGAGGCCGCCUGCUGGCAGGUAUAGUGGGCACAAUGAGUUUACCGCAUUCCUGGAAGUGUUGAAAGCGAGGUGUGAAGUGUGGGAAGUCGAAGGGUCACGAGACUUUAGACGGAUGGACAGCGGAAGUGUAGCACCCCUGAAGGGUAUCGAUCUGGAUGACCUAGACAGUCUGGACUCUGGAUAUGUCUCUGCCGAGUCCACUGUAGCACCAGAGAAAGAUUUGCCGAUACAACCACCCAAGCAUUUUGACAUUGCCACGCAAGGCGCCACGGCGGACACAGAUGCAGCAAUCAGCUCCGCUUUAGGAGGCCAAUCCAUUGCCGCCUGGUCGCCUGCAACGAUGAUGGUAUAUGGCAGAAACAUCCAUAUACCCCGAGCCUUCGAAGGUGUGACAAUGUGGACCUUUGACGAGCUGUGCAAAGGCACAUAUGGCCCCGCGGACUACAUCUCCCUCGCCUCCACGUACCACACUCUGGUUCUCACAGAAGUGCCCGUUUUGAACUGGCUCAUGAAGAACGAAGCUCGUCGUUUCAUCACCCUCCUCGACGCACUCUACGAAUGCCGCUGCAAGCUGUUCGUCUCUGCAGCAGCGGGACCGGACGACAUUUUCUUCCCCGAAGAGAAGAAGCGAGCAGAAGAGGGCGACAAUGGCGAUGCUGUCUACUCUGAGACACUGUCCGAAGUCUACCAGGAUGCUACAGCACCUUUCCGGCCCAACGUGCUCACUCAAAACCCCAACUACAGCGAGCCUGAGAAUGAGCCGGAUUACACACAUGCUCGCCUUGCUGGACUGCUCAGUGCCGAUGCACGCACGCGACCGAAUUUUCAAAAGACGGCAGCAUUCACCGGCGAAGACGAACGGUUUGCGUACAAACGUGCUCAGAGCAGAUUAUGGGAAAUGUGUUCAGAGCGAUGGUGGCAGAGAAAUGAAGCAGGUUGGCAUCGACCUACACCUCGCGAAGUCCGGAGAUGGGAGGGCAGGGAAGAUGGGAGAAAGGUCGGCGAGGAUAUUUUCACGGGAAUCAACAGCGAGAUUCAAAUGGGUGAGGCCGUCGAGGACACCACGAGGCCGCCAGAAAGCUUCAAGAGAUAUGAUGGCGGGCCGUUCAAGAAGCCACUUGAGCCUGCGAAGAAAAUUAGCUGGACGCAUGCUUGGGGCCUGGGAGAGUGGGGCAAGAGAGCGGGAGCUUGGGGUAAGGGUGUUGAUGGGCUAAAGAGUAAAAAAAAAUGA